AUGUCUCUCGAAAAGUUAUUGAACCGUGAAGAGAACGACAGUUCAAAACGAACUGAUUUUAUGGGACGAUGGUAUUUGAAAAUGUCCAAGAUCUGUGAACGGGAUGAUCGUGAGAUGGAUUAUCAGAAUUGGAAGUUCCUUUCAUAUCAAGAAUUCGAGUUAAUAAACGAAUGGAAUCAACAAGGGAAAGAACUAACAAAGGACAACUGUGAAAGACUACUUGUUAAUAUGGAUAAAACUCAUAAGGAAUGGGUUGAGUACCAGAAGUUUAAAGAACAGAAGGACGCGAUAAUAGCAGAAUUGAAGGAAUCAAUUCAAAUUAUAAAGCAAGAACCUUCAAUUCCAUCUGGUGCUGAUGCCAAUUCAGUAGUAUCCUCUGAUACGGAACAAAUACAGGAUUCAGAGACUACAGCAAAUUCUAAGAAAUCACCAGCAAUUAACGGCAUUAAGACUAGCGGUAAAAGUCCAACCAAAUCUCCGGCCACUAACGGUAGAAGAAGGGGUGCUGGAGGUAAUCGCAGGGUCAAAAGGCCCUCCAAUCUUUCCAAAACCGUCAGGAGCCGAAAUGCAACUGAUGGUGAUGAAAAUGGAAAUGAAAACAUAGAGAACGGUGGUACCACGCCGAAAAGAAGAUCUAGGCCUAAAAAAAUACUGGUCAGUAAUGUGUCCAAGGAUGUUGAUGCGGAGGAAGAAGACGAUAUACAUACAGAAAAAGAUGCCAGCGGAUCUGCCGCUGAUUUAGAUAAAGAUAUCGUGGAUGAAUCGAUCAAUGAUUCCGAGAAUGCACCAAGGAAAAGACCUGUUUCUUCAACGUCAUUAUUAUCUCGUAAUAAAUCUAAUAAACCAACCAAAUCAUCUCCAUUGACUCCAGAUUCUGCCAGAGAAAAAGAAAACGUAAACGGCGUCACAGAGGGGAAUGAAGAUAUGGAUCAUGAUUCAGUGCUUGACGCUGAUGACUCUGCUAUCGGAUCUGAUGACAAUCCAAACGAUGAACAAGAAGAAGCUGAUGACGAAAAUGUUGACGAAGAAGCUGAGGAUGAAAAUGAUGAAGCCGAAGUAGAAGACGAUAUUGACGAUCUUGGAGCACCAGAGGAUGAUGGAGAUGAUGAUUUCGCACCAUCUUAUUCUGCCAUCAGCAAGGUUAAAGUUAAUAAGAAAGUUAACAUUGAUUCACCAAUGCCUGCUAUCCAAAAGGAAUUACGAAAAAUGGCAAUCAAGAGCUCAGUUGCAAAGGCUAUGAAGAGAAAAUUUACCAACUGUAAAGUUAUAUCCUAUUCUCCUGAAUCACAGUUAGAGAUCAAGAUCACCCUAAAACAAUUGCAUAUUCGUAAGUACAAGAGACACCUUGCUGAAGAAGAACGUAAGAGGAAGGCCGAAGAGGCUCUGAUAAAGGCAGAAGAGGAAGCAAAGAAACGGAAACUUGCUCCUCCUCCUCCUCCACCUCCACAACAAGUUAGAAGAGUGGAACACGACUUACCUACUUAUGGUAUGAAGAUCACGUUGAAAGAGGCUCGUGCUAUCCAAAGGCAUUACGAUCAAACCUAUAUUACCAUAUGGAAAGACAUGGCUAGAAGAGAUUCUGGUAGGAUAUCAAGACAGUUACAACAAAUUCAGUCAAUAAGAGGUCAGAAUUUCAGGAAAACUUCUUCACUAUGUGCCAAGGAAGCAAGAAGAUGGCAAAUGAGAAAUUUCAGACAAGUUAAAGAUUUCCAAACUAGGGCUCGUAGAGGUAUAAGAGAGAUGUCUAGUUUCUGGAAGAAGAAUGAACGUGAAGAAAGAGAAAUGAAGAAGAAGGCUGAAAAAGAAGCUAUUGAACAAGCAAAGAAGGAAGAAGAACAAAGAGAAAAUUUAAGAGCUGCAAAGAAGUUGAAUUUCUUGUUAACUCAAACUGAGUUGUACUCCCAUUUCAUUGGUAGUAAGAUUAAAACUAACGAAUUGGAAGGUACGAUGACUGAUGAUUCACUGACAUCUAUGUCGAAUAACAAGAAUAAGGUAGUAGACCUUACUAAGACUGCUGCCUCUAAGACAAAUGUAGAAUCUAUUGACUUCGCAACUGAAGAUGAUGAAAAACUUAGAUUGAUGGCUGCUCAAAAUGCUUCCAACGCUUUGAAGGAAACUCAGGAUAAAGCAAGGAAAUUCGACGAAGAGGACGAAGAAGAUGGUGAAUUGAACUUCCAAAAUCCAACUUCCUUAGGGGAAAUUACUAUUGAUCAACCAAAGAUGUUAGCUUGUACCUUAAAGGAAUACCAACUCAAAGGUUUAAACUGGUUAGCAAAUCUAUACGAUCAAGGUAUCAAUGGUAUCCUAGCAGAUGAGAUGGGUUUAGGAAAAACUGUUCAAUCUAUCUCCGUCCUCGCUCAUUUAGCAGAUCGCUAUAAUAUCUGGGGUCCUUUCAUUGUUGUCACACCUGCUUCCACCUUGCACAAUUGGGUUAACGAAAUUAGUAGGUUUGUUCCGCAGUUUAAGAUUUUACCAUACUGGGGUAAUGCUAAUGACCGUAAAACACUUAGAAAGUUCUGGGAUAGGAAGCAUUUAAGAUAUGGCAGAGACGCCCCAUUCCAUGUUAUGGUAACUUCAUACCAGAUGGUUGUUUCAGAUGCAAGCUAUCUACAGAAGAUGAAAUGGCAAUACAUGAUUUUGGAUGAAGCUCAGGCAAUCAAAUCAUCGCAAUCAUCUCGAUGGAAAACUCUCUUGAGUUUCCACUGUCGUAAUCGCUUGUUAUUGACUGGUACUCCAAUCCAGAACAACAUGCAAGAAUUAUGGGCUCUACUACAUUUCAUUAUGCCAUCGUUAUUCGAUUCUCAUGAUGAGUUCAGCGAUUGGUUCUCAAAAGAUAUCGAAUCACAUGCUGAAUCUAAUACAGAGCUUAAUCAAGAACAGCUUCGUCGUUUGCACAUGGUUUUGAAGCCUUUCAUGUUAAGACGUAUCAAGAAGAAUGUUCAAUCCGAACUUGGUGAUAAGAUUGAAAUUGAUGUCCUAUGUGAUUUAACCUUUAGACAAGCGAAGCUGUAUCAAGUUUUGAAAUCUCAAGUAUCUGGAGGAUAUGAUGCCAUCGAGAAUGCUGCCGGUAAUGAUGAUGUUACUUCGGAUCAGAAAUUGGUAAAUCUUGUCAUGGAGUUCAGAAAAGUUUGUAACCACCCUGACUUAUUCGAAAGAGCUGAUGUUAUGUCUCCAUUCUCUUUUGUUUCAUUUGGUGAAAGCGCAUCACUAUCUCGUGAGGGUGACUUUGUUGAAGUAAAUUAUUCGGCCAAGAAUCUAAUAAAUUAUAACCUUCCACGACUAAUAUAUGACGAACUCGUUGUUCCGAACUAUAAUAAUGAUGUUGAUGUCAGAGCAAAGCUUUUGUAUCAUACUAUGAACAUAUUCCACCCAGCAAAUUCUUUUCAAUUGUGCUUCAUCUUGUCAAAACUUACUGACACUUCUCCGAACAAGUUUGCGACUCUCUUAGAACAAAAUGUUAUCAAUAGGGCGAUUGAUCUACAAAAUGAUGGGUAUUUCAAUACGGCAAAAUAUUCAAUUGCUUAUGACGAAGGAGAAAAGAUAUUCUCCUCAAACCUGUUGAUUAAUGACAAAUUAAAAUAUCUACAUCUUUUGAAGAACUCGACUUCAGGCUCCGUUCUUAAGAACCUUUUGGAGAUACCAUCAUCAGUUUAUGAAAACGAAUAUUUCAAUUCUAUUUCGCCGGCCUAUCAUCCCGCUGCAUCUGCACCACCAAUCAAUAUUGAUGUACUUGCAUCAAACAACUUCGUGCAGAAGAAACAGUACGAGAUGUUUAAUCCUAGUAUAUCUUCCGCUUUGAGCUCAAUCCCAUCUUCCGUGCAGCAUAAGUUAAUAGUUGAAAAAGGUAUACCAAUAGAAGAACUGCCUGUGACCGAAAUGGCUCCAAAAGCUUUCAACAAUUCGUUUACAUCCUAUAUCGAAAUGCCAUCGAUGGAUAGAUUCAUAACAGAAUCAGCGAAAUUAAAGAAACUAGAUGAAUUGCUUGUGAAGUUAAAGGAAGAAGAUCAUCGUGUGCUAAUUUACUUCCAGAUGACGAAAAUGAUGGAUCUCAUGGAAGAAUAUUUGACUUACAGACAAUAUACUCAUAUUAGAUUGGAUGGUUCUUCGAAGUUGGAUGAUCGACGUGAUUUAGUUCACGAUUGGCAAACUAAACCUGACAUUUUUAUCUUUUUGUUAAGUACAAGAGCUGGUGGUUUAGGUAUCAAUCUUACAGCUGCCGACACGGUCAUCUUUUAUGAUUCAGACUGGAAUCCAACUAUCGACUCCCAAGCCAUGGAUCGUGCUCAUAGAUUGGGUCAAACCAGACAAGUCACUGUGUACAGGUUACUAAUUCGCGGCACAAUUGAGGAGCGGAUGAGAGAUAGAGCAAAACAGAAGGAACACGUUCAACAAGUUGUGAUGGAAGGUAAAGCAAAAGAAAACAAACAGAAAAUAAUAGAGGUUGAAAAAGAGCACUCAGAAUCUGCAUGA